GAUUAAACAUUUGCGUUCGUGUGUGAAUAAUCGGAAUGUUUCGACGGGUGUAAAUUUACCCAACCAAUCAUUAUAAUGCCAAACGUAUCAUUUUCCACGUUAUUGUCGAAAACGUGACGGUUAACGUCGGGAUAUUUAGUGAAUUCACUCGCUUUAGUUAUUCUCAUAGUAGUCGAAAUCCCCGACAAUGCAGUGGUCGAAAGAGAGAGUACUGAAAUUCCUGGAGGUCUAUCGUACGCAACCGUGUAUUUGGGACCCGAGACACCACGAGCACAAGAAUCGAAGCACCGUCGCCGUCGCCUGGCAGAACAUCCACGACAUUCUGAAUUAUAACUGCACGGUGAACGAGCUGAAGAAGAAAAGGGACUCGCUGAUGGCGUCGUUCAGGAUGCUCUUAAACAAGAAGAAGAAGUGCAUGAAUUCGAACAGCGAAGAACUGUUUGAGCCUCACUGGUUCGCUUACGAGACCAUGGCGAAAUUUCUUGGGCCUAUUUACUUCUGCCGAACAGAAAACACAUCAGUCGAGGAGACAGAUACCUACGACGAAGAAGUCGCAUGUUUUAAGAUUGAGGAUUUAAGUAACGAUGACACUUUCAACUACGAGAACAAUGAAGAGAUAAAUGAUAAAACUUCCUCGCAACUUUUUUCCUUUCCUUCAAAUAGACUAAGAGACAUAAACGAGGCUGAAGAAUACACGGAAGAAACUUAUCACAUACCAAAAGCGGUUCCAAAACUGCCAAAACGGAAGUGUGCUAAUGAAGAGAUAGACGACUGUGAUUUGUACGGACAGCUUUUGGCAAGGAAAUUACGUAAGUUCAGUGAACACCAAAGGGAAGAGAUCAUGUUCGAAAUAGACGGGUUAGUUAUUCAAAAGAGGAAGGCUGCCAUGCUACGAACGUUAAAUAUGUCGAAGCUUUCAUCUGCAGAAGUAUCUCAUAGUCCUCGUUCAACGACGACGUCGUCGGAAUAUUCCUCAAUGGAGGGAGCUACGUAGCGUCUCAGAUGAAACAUCCCUUCUUCUUCUUCUUUUCAGGAUCGUUGUGUUUCAAGACAUCCCAUGUGCUUUUUUUAGUACGAUUAUUUACUCUAUUCAUUUUCUAAUACAAAUAUAUUCUUUUA